CGGCUCCGCAGCAGAGCUCCUCACUCCGCCACUUCAACACCACUGUACACACGAGACCAUAACCAUAAGCUGUUCAAAAAUAUUCAAUAUUUGAAGAUUCCUAUGAGAUUAAACCGACAGAAAGGACUCAAGCCUUUGACAAGAUUUGGCAUUCAAAUGACCGGCAGACGACAGGGAUUGAAAUGUUUGUUUUGCAAAGAUGGCUGCGAGUAAGGUGGCAGAGGCUGACAAAGCUUGUGUGUGUUCAUCAGGUUAAUAUCCACGUUCACAACGACAAACAAACCGUUAUUCCUGUGUUUGAGGCGGUGGGGGAUGGGGGGAGUCGUGAUAGCGGUUGUCAGGUCGCGCUGCAGUGACCACACAAUCACACGUGGGGAGAUAGCGAGCGAUCACAGAUUGAGAGAGAGAGAGGUAGACGUCAGUCGUGCUACAUGGUUGUGUGAAGCGAUAGACUCGGGGCACUAGCUGAUGUUGAGAGGGAUGUGAUGGUUCUACCUGAGCCUUGUUUCUGAAGGUGGUUGGUGGAUGUAUACUGUGACUUUGUCAACAACGGUCUACGUUGGAAACUUUGGUGCUUGUGAUGGCAGACCUGCCUGACCCUGUCUCCAUCAUGGCCGACAACCUGUCUGCAAUGCGGCCUGUCAGCAUGCCUGUUGUGCGUCAGAUCGACCGAGAACUGCUAAGUUGUGGAAUCUGUCUCGAGAGAUAUAAAAAUCCUAAGGUCCUUCCGUGUUUGCAUACAUUCUGCGAAAAGUGUCUCAAUGAUUACAUUCCCCCCGAGAGCCUUUCCUUGACUUGUCCAAUAUGUCGCCAACAGUCCAUUCUCCCUCUCGAUGGGGUCAUUGCACUUCAGACCAACUUCUUCAUCACCAACCUCAUGGAUGUAGUGGGCAUGCCCAACGUAUGUAUGACAUGUGGGGAAGCAAAUGCUAGGCCUGUUUCCAAGUGUUUAGAUUGUGAAGAAUAUUUGUGUGAGAACUGUGUCCUUUGUCAUUGUGGUAUGGAGUCGGAAAUGAACCACACGGUUGUCAGUCUGGACGAACUGUCGGGCCCAGCAGACAGUGAUGAACCUCAGUUGGUCUGUCCAAAUCAUGAUGGGAACGCUUUACCUUACUACUGCAUCGAGUGUGAAACUGCCGUGUGCGAGGAUUGCACGCGCGUCGAACACAUUGGCCACAAGCACAUCUCAUUACAUGAGGCUAUCCAGGACCACAAGAACGGUCUUCAGUCGUUGAUCUGUCAAGCUCGUUCACAAAUCCCCAAGAUUGAACAUUCCAUAAACUUAGUCACAGAAGUCUCCGAAGCUCUGGAGAGCAAGUCCCGGCAGACAGAGGAUCGGAUAACUUUAGCGUUUGAUGAGCUGUCUCGUCUGUUGAAUGAACGGAAGUCAUCCCUGCUUCUGCAGCUCGGGAACGUGUACAGCACCAAGCAGCAGACCCUCUUGGAGCAGCGGGAGACGGUGGAGAGCAUCUUGACUCGGAUUAGCAACUGCUGUGAUUUCACAGAGGAGACUCUGGAGAACGGGAACGAGACGGAGAUCCUUCUGGUGAAGAAAGAGAUGUGUGAGAAGCUCCAGGAACUGGCCAACCUUCAGGUUCAGUUCCAGCCUGAGGAAAACGAGUUCCUGUCUUUCGAUGAAAGCUGUUUCCAUGCUGUUGGGAAGACCUUUUCUAACCUUGGUGCUAUCCAGACAAACAGUGCAAUAGCCUUUGAAACAACAGCAUCAGGUGAAGGGUUGAAGCAGUGUUAUGUCGGUAGGCCUACUGUCAUCACAGUUACAACUAAGGAUAGGAAGGGUGACCUGAUCACUAUUGGAUUUGCCAAGGUUCUUGUUGAGAUCACUUGUGUUGAUACACAGGAUAAGAUGGUGCCGACCAUUACAGAUCACAGAAAUGGAACAUAUGAUUUGACUUUUACCAUCAAGAGAGAAGGACAUUAUACUCUAGAUAUUAUGCUGUUUAACCAGCAUGUGAAGGGAUCUCCUUUCAAGAUACGUUGUGCCCAAGGGAGUGAGGAGUCGGACCAGCUUGGGAGCUCCUCAAAGAUCCCUAGGACUAGUGUUGUGAAACAAAAAGGAACAAAGCGGCCAUCAAGUUCAAGAUCACAUGGGUCCAAUCGCCGUAGCAACCUAAUUGAAGAUGACCUUCUUUUCAAGGUCGGAUCAAAAGGUCGAAACAAAGGCGAGUUUACAAAUCCUCAGGGAGUGUGCUGUGCUGAAGGAAAGAUUCUGGUUGCUGAUAGCAACAAUCAGGUUGUGCAGGUAUUCUCCAACAAAGGGGAGUGCCAGCUGCGGUAUGGGUCCCCUGGUAGAGUGGCGGGCAAGAUGCAGAGGCCAACUGGUCUGGCUCUGACCAAGAAUGGGAACUAUCUGGUUGCUGACUAUGAUAACAAAUGGGUGAGUGUCUUCACCCCGGACGGCAAGUACAUCAACAAGCUGGGUACUGGCAAGUUGUUAGGACCAAAGGGUCUUGCUGUAGACAAUAACGGUCACAUCAUUGUUGUGGACAAUAAAGCCAGCACUGUGUUUGUCUUUCAAUCCAAUGGGAAGCUGCUGCACAAGUUUGGAUCUCGAGGAAAUGAUGAGUGUCAGUUUGCCGGUCCCCAUUACGUCGCUGUCAACAACAACAAUGACAUCAUCAUCUCCGACUUCCACAACCACUGCAUCAAAGUGUUUGAUUCUGAAGGAUCCUUCCUGUUCAGUUUCGGUUCCAAUGGGGAGGGCAACGGUCAGUUCAAUGCCCCCACCGGCGUAGCUGUAGAUAGUAAUGGGAACAUCCUCGUGGCUGACUGGGGCAACUCUAGAAUACAGGUAUUUGACAGCUGUGGCUCCUUCCUGUCCUAUGUGAACACCUCAGCUGACCCGCUGUACGGUCCCCAGGGUCUUGACAUCACCAGCGAUGGGCAGGUUGUUGUUGCAGACUCGGGCAACCAUUGCAUCAAGCUGUACAAGUACCUCCAGUAGGACCCUGGCCAACAAGACCUGGUCCAGGCCAGACUACCAUAGAUCUGACAGAACAGUAGGGAUGCUCUAGCCUAUCACAUUCACCAACAGACUCACUAGAUAUGUCAAGGUCUACAAGCUUUCCACCAUGCUGUGCCAGACUGUGUUAGGUGACUGAGCCUACAGACCUGGUUCAGAACCAGACUCCGAAGAUAUAUCAAGGUCUACACGAUUUCCAGCAUGCUGUGCCAGACUGUUAGGUGACUGAACCUACAGACCUGGUUAAGUAUCAGACUACUGUAGAUCAUGACUGAGCUGCAGUGCUGAUGCCUGAUGUCCAAUGUGCAGUGCCAGAUUGCAGGAUAUAUGUGUAAACCUGCAAGGCUAUCCAGUAUGAUCUGCCAGAUGACAGAAACCAGCUUACCAAGUCUCGUUGCUGUUCAUGUUGUAAACGAUUGUCACAGGAGAUGGUGUGGAUGUUUUCUAUGGAAAGAAUGAUUUUCUUGUGAAUAUAUGGGCCUUGGGAACUAACUGGUAUCAUAGGAAUCAGAAAGGACUACUAGAAAUGAGGCCAUCUUUAUGCACACUAGGGUUGUAGUUAAAGGUCAAAUUUUCUCCACAUCACAAAAUUUGGUAAGUUGUUAUGACUGUACUGUGAGAUCGAUAGUGAAAUUGGUACGAUGGUAUGAAUGAACUGUCAGAUCCAUAGCAAAUCAAGGUGAUUCUACAUGGUAAGAACAGGAAUUGAGAAAUACUUUUUCAGCAGUACAUAUACGAGUAAUCAUGCUAUUGUUUAAUUGACUCAGGUUCACUAAAUAGGUUUUGUUUGAGUCUCUAGUUCUUCUUGUGAUGGAAUGCAGCCAUGUCAAGUGUCAAGUUUUCAUGGAUGUAUCAUGGCCUUAUUAUCAAGAUAUGUAAUCAUAUCAGUAGCAAGUGUAUCUGGGUACAGCCUUAGGAUGCCGGAUGACCUUUUACAGUAGAGAUGACCAAGUCUGUUCUUGACAACAGUAUCUCAGUUUGAAUUGGCAUCUGUGUGGUAACCUAAGGAUGACCAUUAUAACAAUGUGAUACCUUUUGGAACUUGAUGAUGUGACAGGAAUUGUUCUUGGAGGAUGUGCUUAGGAAUGGAAGUGUUUGGAAGGACUGGUCUGUGAGUCUGCAUAUGGUGACUUGUAGACUUGAGUUGUGAUGAAACCACAGAAGAAGCUUCAUAUAAAGACCAAUCUGCUGCCAACACCACAUAUUGUUUCAUGUGUACUGAUAGACUUGUAUGAUGCAUUAUUUGCCAAGACUGGGAUGAGAAUGUAAUCCCACAUGAUUCAUAUCUUCCUACUCUUGAGGCACUGUUGGAGGGUCUUGAUGUCACCAAGCUACACUUAUUCUAGACAUGAGAUAGUCAUAGCCCUGAGGUUGCUCUGAGGAUCAAGGGCACAGGUCUCCUGUUAUGUGGUGGUUGUGCAUCAAGGUUCUCAUCAUCAGAACCUGAUGGUUAUCUCAUCUGUCCCAGAGAUUCCUGGAUGACUGGAGCCACCAGAUCCAGCAUGUAUUAGCAUCUUUCUGGGGACACUGCAGCCUCUCUCUCUUGACUCGUAGAUUUACUAGGAACCACUUUAGGAUCUCUUUGGGAACACUUAAGGAUCUCUUUGGGAACACUGUGGGAUCUCUUUGGGAAUACUGUAGGAUCUCUUUUGGAACACUGAAGGGUCUCCCAGGGAUGACUGUAGGAUCUCUUUGGGAACAAUGCAGAUCUCCCCAGGAACACUGUAGGAUCACUAUGGGAAUAUAACAGAUCUAAUAGGAAACACUUAGGAUCUCCCCAGGAACACUCCAGGCACUCUGCAGAAUCUUUUCAUGAACAAUUAAGGGUAUCUUCGGGAACACUGCAAGAUCUCUUCGGGAACCCUGCAAGAGCACUCUGGAAACAUGAUCUCCAGCAACACCCCACCUCUUCAUGAACCUGUAUUCUUUUGUUUGUAAUCUAAAAGCUGUGUGAGCUACAAUUGCCUUGUGGGCAUACAGACUUCAUACCAAUUGGACAAUGAUAUGAUAUGACAUAAUAUUCUUCAUAAAGACUGAUCUUACCUUUGUGAAUAUGUCAGGUUAACUAGCAUCAAGACAAAUACUUCUAGUGCUGGAAAUUUGGAUCUCAAUUCUGCAACUGCAGAAAUCCUACUUUGACCUCAUAGUAUCAGUGACUGGGACCAAAUCAUUCAAUCAGACCCCAGUUCCACACAGCGAUCUUCGUGCUCGGAUGAUGGUGGAUCUUAUGACAGUGUACCGGGACAGUAUCUCCAGGACAGUACCAGACAGUAUCUCCGGGAACACUGUAAAAUCUCUUCAGGAACCCUGCAAGACAAUAUGGCUUUGUGAAACUGGGCCGUGGAUGCUGUUCCACGAAACAAUUGUUGUUCCAAUAUGAUCCAUUCAUAGACUUAAACACUAGCAGCACUUAGAUCGAUCGUUGGUAUGGGGUCAAGAUGAAACUUCAAGUUUCAAUAUGUUUCAAAAUAGCUUUUCUUGUUACAGCAAAACCUUGGAAAUUAAAAAAAAAUGUAUCUUGAAAUUUGACAUUUCUUCAAACUACUCUUUGUACAUUUGCACAUCAUCAGGGCCCUAUUUGAUACCAAUAAGGCCCCAUGAUGAGCAUUUUCUAAUUCAGCUCAGCUACAUUCAGCGUAAGUGCCAGUGUCAGUGUAUUUCACAAGGCUAAAGUUUAAUGGGUACUUCUUGAACUGUUGCAGCCUGAUGCCAAAUGUGUGAUGCAAUUCCUUCUCAUCUGCAGCAAAUAAUGAUAUUAGUGUACUCCUUUAUUGUACUUUGUGUACAUGCAUCGUUGUACAUUGCAUACAUUAAUUCAUUGAUGUACAUUGUAUAAAUACAUUGUUAUCCAUUGCAUACUAGUGGUGUUGUACAUUGUAUAGAAUGCAUUGUUGUACAUUGUAUAAAUGCAUUGUUGUAUAUGGUAUAAAUGCAUUGUUGUACAUUAUAUAAAUGCAUUGAUGUACAUUGUAUACAAGUAUUAACAUACAUUGUAUUAAUAUGUUGUUAUACCUUGUAUACAAGCAUUGUUGUACAUUGUAUAAAUGCACUGUUGUACAUUGUAUACAAACAUUAAUGUACAUUGUAUAAAUGCAUUGUUGUACAUUGUAUACCAACAUUAAUGUACAUUGUAUAAUGCAUUGUUGUACAUUGUAUGCAAGCAUUGAUGUACAUUGUAUGAAAAAAUUGUUAUACUUUGUAUGCAAGCAUUGAUGUACAUUGUAUACAAGCAUUGUUCUACACUGUAUACAAAUGUUAGUGUACAUUGUAUAAAUGCAUUGUUGUACAUUGUAUACAUGCAUUGUUGUCAACAAGUGUGGAUGUGUUGAGAAAUCCUGUCAGUGCUUUCGCAAUACCUAAGGCUACCAGUGAUUCUGAUGAACGAUGUUGUAACGACAAAGCUAUGCGGACAAAAAUGAAAAAAGAACACAAAAAUGUUUCAGUGUCGAUUUGUAGUUUUGCCAGUUUCUUAUGUCAGAACAGAAAACACCCACAGAUCAUAUCACUUCUGACGCCUGUCAGCCUCAAUGUAUGAUGCAAUGGCAGGAUGGAACAAGGGAGAUAACUCUUAAUUGAAGACCUGUCACGAGUUUAACAACUUUAUUAGAUAUGCUUCCGAAAGCCAUGCUAAAUACAAGUGUGUAUUGAGGAGGUUGCUUGGAAGGCCACAUUCAUAAUAAAUGGUUCAUUCUUGUUAUGAAUUAGCCAGUGCUACCAUACAGAUUUCAUCACAUCUGCCUGAUAGUUGUAUGAAGGCUUUCAUCACACAGAAUAUGGGACAUACCUUCUUCAGUUCUUGUAUAGGGUGAAUGUUGUUGUUUUCAAAAUUAUGAAGUCAUCAGAAAGCAUAUCUCAUCAGUGAUACACUAAUGCAGACAGGUUACCAGAUUCACAAGUUUCUUUAUUGUGCUGUGUAUGCUCGUCACAAGAGGCGACUAACGUGGUCCGGCUCGCUGACUUGGUUGAUGCAUGACAUCGUAUCCCAAUUGCAUGGAUCGAUGCUCAUGAUGUCAAUCACUGUUUGUCUGGUCCAAACUUGAUUAUUUACAGAUCUCCGUCAUAUGGCUGGAAUAUUGCUGAGUGCGACGUAAAACAACAAAUAAACACACAAACAAACUCUUCAUAAACUAUCUAAUUCGGUAAGUAUUGGCAUUUUACUAGUGCUUCAGUGAGUAAUGACACAAUGCUGGAAUGGGAACAGAACAGUCUAUAUCUAUUUAUAAUGAAAAAGAUCAGAUUUUUUUCUGCAAGUGUUAUCUUAUACUGUAGUUAAUUUUGAGUUUAGAAAUAUACAAAUUACCAAAGACAACAGUAUGUUUGCUUCCAUCAGCCCAUGCAGGAAACACACUUUCCAAGCACUAGCACUAACAUUUGUACAUUCAAAUUGCUCCUAAAGUAUUUUAGUAAUUGAUACACAUGUAUUUGUGCCAAGUGCCUGUGAUUCAGCCCACCAUUGUAGACUCUGUUGACCGUAUUUAAGCCAAGCAGAUCUAGACAGCAAUCUAGGAUCUGGUACUUCUUAAGUAUAGUCUAGUGUGAGAUAAUGAGUCCCACAUGUCACUCAUUAAAGGGACCAUUCAUUUAUUAUAGGGGGGAGGCAUGAGCAUGAUAGGGGGGUGGGGGGCUGACAAUUAUGACUUGCUCAGAGGGAGGAUUCAGUUAAUAGAUAUGGAAAUUGGGGGAGGUUUUGCGAAUCAAUUGAGUCCAAUUUAGUUAUUCAUUUUUGAUACAGUGGUCGUAGCAAUGUGGUCAAGUUUUGGCACAAUCACAACACUGGAAAAUAGUCAUAAAAUUACCAACUUAGGGGAUGACCAUGAAAAAGUGAGUCAAAUUUAACCACAACAGAUUUCUCAUUUAUCAGGAUGGACAGGUCAUGUGACUGGAUUAUUGGGGAGGGUCACUGGAAAUAGAAUCGUGUUGGGUCACGAACAUAUUAUUUUACAGCUAAAAAUGAAAUAUAUUGUGAUUUUCAUUUUACAAACUACUUUGGCUAUUUGUAACUAAGCAAGGCCUUGAAAAAGGACUUCUUUUUUGUAUCUGUGAUAUUUUUAGUAUCUUCAUGGCUGAAAAAUCUUUGUUCAACCCCCAAAAUAGAUACAGUAUUAGGCAAGCACUAUAUAUGAUUAUUUCAUCGACUUUUGACGGAAGAUGGAUUUAUACAAUAGGUGUUGUCCACGUGUGGGUUGUAUAUCGGUGUAAGUCGGGCCAUGUAUGAGCACGAACCAGCACUGACAAGCAUUCGUGACCAACUCGUGUUAUUCCGGGACAAGCCGAAUAUCUUCUUGCAGGUUACGGAAAGGGGCGAGUGGUGACGAAUGCACUGACAAGAGACCUGGGUUUCUAGCGAUGUGUUUUGACUGACCAUGCUGAAUUGUGAUACAGUCUUGCUGAGUGUCCUGUUGAAUGGUCUGUUGAAUGUUCAAGUGUAUGUGAAACAUGUCAAGCUAUGAUGGCAUAUAUGCAAGGAGGAGUACCUUUGAGGCUUGUGCUGAGAUGCAUGUCAACGGGAUGAGCCAGAUUUUUGUGCACUUGGUUUACGGAUUUUGAAAAAAUGUCUUGUAGGUUGGAAAUAAAUAAACUUAACAAUUCAUUGUCCAGAAUCUUUUUUUUUAUUCAUCUUAAAGUUUUAUUUGGAAAUGUCAGGUCAUUUAAAAAAAUGUCAAGUUAUUUUGGAAAAAUGUUGUUUCAGUCCUAUAAUAAUUCCCUGGAUGAAUUUUAUUGUCAAAGUAAUCUUUACUUUUGGCAGUAUAAACACACCUUGUCAUUCUGAUUUUUUUUUUUCUGUAUUUAUAUAUUUUUGAAGUCGUAGGAUCCGUAAAUCUAAACUAAUGAAUGUAAGGCCUUGUUGAUGUAGGCGUGCAUGAUGUGUCUACUGUAUAUGUGUUAAGUCAGUGUUAUGAACACUGGGACUGACUUUAUUUAGUUAACAUCUGCUACCUUCCACACAUUUAAAAAGUUGGAUGAAUUCAUUGUUCCAAAUUCCCAGCUUUGACUGAGAUAAAUAAUCUAUGAAAUUAGUUUUUGAGGUCAGUUUGUUUCCAUACUCAUACCAAAAACAUUCAUUAUCAAACUUUAAGUAAAAGAUAAAAAAUUUCAAACAAAUGGACGCAAGAAUCAGUCCGAUCUGUUUUAGACUGGAGGCAUGGGUGGUUCAGUGAUUGCUCGGCAGAGUUGCAUCCCUUUGCAGUGCCGAUUGUCUGGUUGUGACAUCAAACCCCCCAUUUUCUUGGCUAUGAUGUUUGGUGUUGCAGCUCUCACACCCUGUGAUAUGAAUGAAAUAGUUUGAAGAAGCGUUCAAAAAAAUGUUUGAAUUUCUUGAACAGGUUGAAAACAGUCUGAUUGUUCAGCAUAGAAAAACAACAUAUUGCAUGUACUGAAGUGAAGGUUUAUCACAAAAAUCAUGCUUUGAGUAAAAAAUGACAUUUGUCUCUUAUUUUAUCUGGUCAGUAUUUUGCUUACAUAGAUGUAUUGCCGAAUGUUAGAAAACAACAUUUCUUUUUGGUCCUAGGUAAAAGACAGACACUGAAUAGCUAUUCAUGUUUAUGCCUUUGCUGUCAAGGUUACUAGCCCUGAAUAUGGAUAUUUAUCAAUAGGUUUCCCACACUGUUGCUAUUCUGCAAAACACUUGAAUCAUUCCAUUUUUGAAACAUUUAUUUCAUAUUACCUCUGUAAAUGAUAUUAUGUAUAUUCUGUGCCAUAUACACAUGUUAAGUACUCAAUAUGUCUGAAACUGAAUGUACCUAUGCUUGACUUGUAUUUACUGUUGUCAUGGUAACAAGAUGAUCGUGUGAUUGCCAGUGAAGAUAUCUGCACAAUGUUGCAUUGCUGAUUAAAUUAACCCAUUGAUGCUA